CUCUUGACCUCUGGUGUUUUGACGUGUUUUCGCUGAAUAGAGUGAGUGAGGACCAUGCUUUGCGCACAAUUGUCUUCGAACUGCUCACUCGCCACAACUUGAACAGCCGCUUCAAGAUUCCCACCGUGUACCUCAUGACCUUACUAGAUGCGCUGGAGGCUGGCUACGGGAAAUACAAGAACCCUUACCACAACCAGAUCCAUGCUGCUGAUGUCACCCAGACCGUACACUGCUUCCUGCUUCGUACUGGCAUGGUGCAUUGCCUGACAGAGAUUGAGAUCUUGGCCAUCAUCUUUGCAGCUGCAAUCCAUGACUAUGAGCACACGGGUACCACCAACAGCUUCCACAUCCAAACCAAGUCCGACACGGCCAUUUUGUACAAUGACCGCUCUGUGUUAGAGAAUCACCAUAUCAGCGCCGUCUUCCGUAUGAUGCAGGAUGAUGAAAUGAAUGUCCUCGUCAACCUGAACAAGGAUGAGUUCAUGGAACUCCGGUCACUUGUGAUCGAAAUGGUUCUGGCGACAGACAUGUCCUGUCACUUCCAACAAGUCAAGUCUAUGAAAACUUCCCUGCAGCAGCUUGAGCGACCUAAACUUCUUUUACCAAACUUGGCGGAUGGUGCAGGUUUUGUGGGAAGACUGACAAGGAGGCAAAGCUCUUUUUCCUUGCUGCUGCAUGCAGCCGACAUCAGCCACCCCACCAAACAGUGGACAGUACAUUCCCGAUGGACCAAGGCACUCAUGGAAGAGUUCUUCCGACAGGGAGACAAAGAGGCUGAGUUGGGACUCCCCUUCUCCCCGCUGUGUGUGAGCAAAUGCGUCAUGUCCACGCUGGUGGCCCAGUCACUUAAGAUCGGUUUCAUUGAUUUCAUCGUGGAACCCACCUUUGCAGUUCUGACUGAUGUGGCAGAGAAGAUGGUUAUUCCCUUGGUGGAGGAAGGCUCCAAGAGCAAGACCUCUGGCCAGCAGAGCAGUUCUUCCUGGAGAGAAAAAACCCACCCAGAGCAUGCUGAGCUGGGAGACAUCAACGCAGACAUCAACAGCUUCCGCUCCACCUGGUCCAAGUACAUCCAAGAGAACAAGCAGAAGUGGAAGGAGCGAGCAAUAGUGGUAUGGGACCAGCUAUGGACCAGGGGCUUUCUUUCUAGCAUGUGCUUGGCUUGUGAGUCAAAUGGAAGAAUCACUAACCAGACAUCCAUCGAUGAGCUCUCGCCAUGUGAGGAGGAGGCGAGCACACCCGAAAGCCAGCACAAUCAGAAUGGCAAUGUGGAAUAACGCUGCCCGUGUGGGAACAAGGUUCCUGACACAAUUAAACUCCAAAGUCUUCGAUGCCAUCGACUCAGCACCAUCCGCACAGGGAGGGAGCCACCCCCUGGCUCGAGAAGGGUGUGAUACGAAUGCGACCAUCAAUACAACUAGUAAUAAUCUUAAUA